CUUGCAGUGAAAUGGUUAUUAUAUAUGUUUCUGUGAAAUACGCACAUCAGGUGUUUCUCUGUAAAUGUAAAAAGGUCAAAGUGUACAAUCUGGACCUAAUGCAUCUACUUAUUGAGAAAUGAAGAUUCAGCAAUUGAGUAGGCUCAUUUUGCCUGGGAAGCACUCGCUGAGAUGGAGCCAUGUGCAGCUGAGGAUACAUGGCCUCUGUCAGAAGAGAGGCUUGUCCACGUCCUCUCUGGGAAAGCUGGGUGCGGCCUUUGACACCAAGCAGCAGCCCAGAGUCGAUUUGGGGUGGUGGAAAGAAAAUGAAGGCCUGUUCGGGUACCCGGAGCUGCGGACUGCCGACGGGUUCCUGGCGAUGCGGGACGGCGCCGUCUGCGACUGCCGCCGACUGGUGGACGAGGCGUGCAGCCCGCGCCGCCGCCGCAAGAUGGUGCUGGUGUUCGACGACCUGUCGGACGCGCUCUGCAAGGUGGCCGACAUGGCCGAGUUUGUGCGGCUGGCCCACCCGGACGCCUCCUACCAGGCCACCGCCACCGAGGCCUGCAUCGCCGUCAGCAACCUGGUCGAACAGAUGAACACGCACCGUCCGCUGUACGACGCCCUGGAGCGGGCCGUCGCGCACGGGGACCACGUGCACACGGACGGCGUGGACCAGCACGUGGCGCGCCUCUACCUGCACGACUUUGAGCAGUCGGGCAUCCACCUGGACGGCGCCAGCCGAGAGCGGGUGGUGCAGCUCACCGACCACGCGCUGCAGGUAGGCCAGGCGUUCCUGGCAGGCACACAUGAGCCGGCCACCGUGAAGAAAAAGGACCUUCCCGAGGACCUGUCUUACCAGUUCGCGGUGGACGGCGACUCUGUGACGGUGGGCGGGCUGAUGGCCGACUCGCCGCUGGACCAGACUCGCGAGGCCGCCUACCGCGUGUACCUGCACCCGGACCCGGGCCAGGAGGCGCUGCUGGCGGCGCUGCUGCACACCCGGCGCGCCCUGGCGCACCUCUGCGGCUUCCCCAGCUUCGCGCACAGGGCGCUGCGCGGCAGCCUGGCGCGCACACCGGAGACGGUGGACGCCUUCCUCUGCCGACUGAGGGACGAACUGGCACCUGAGGCCGCCAAAGAGUUUGACACCAUGGCCUCCAUGAAACGGGCCACCAGCUCCCGGCCUCUGGGCGCGUGGGACGUGCCGUACCUGGCGCACCUGGCGCGCCGGCAGCGGCAGCGCGAGGAGGACCUGCGCCUCUCCGAGUAUUUCUCGGUGGGCACGUGUAUGCGCGGCCUGAGCGCGCUGUUCGGUCGGCUGUACGGCGUGCGCCUGGAGGCGGAGGAGGCCCGGCCCGGCGAGCUGUGGGCGCCCGAUGUGCAGAAAUUGGCCGUUGUGCACGAGUCGGAGGGCCUGCUGGGCUACAUCUACUGUGACUUUUACACGCGGCCGGGCAAACCGAGCCAGGACUGUCACUUCACCAUCCGCGGCGGCCGCGACCUGCCCGACGGAACAUAUCAGAGUCCGGUGGUGGUGCUGAUGCUGGGCCUCCAGCCGCCCGGCUGGUCGCGGCCCUGCCUGCUCACUCACGCCCAGCUGGAGAACCUGUUCCACGAGACCGGACACGCCAUGCACUCUAUGCUGGCGCGCACACGCUACCAGCACGUGACGGGCACGCGGUGCAGCACCGACUUCGCCGAGGUGCCCUCCGUGCUGAUGGAGUACUUUGCCGGCGACGAGCGCGUGCUGGCGUCGUUCGCGCGUCACUACCGGACCGGCGAGCCGCCGCCGCCGGAGGCGCUGCGCCGACUCUGCCGCGGCCGCGCCGCCUUCCCCGCCGCCGACGCCCAGCUGCAGCUGUUUUACGCGGCGCUGGACCAGCGGUACCACGGCACCGAGCCGCUGUUGGCGCCCACCACCGACGUACUGGCUGAGGUGCAGCACGCCUUCUACGGGCUGCCGCACGUGGCCGGCACUGCCUGGCAGCUGCGCUUCGGCCACCUGGUCGGCUACGGCGGCCGCUACUACUCGUACCUGAUGGCGCGCGCCGUGGCCUCGGCCAUUUGGCGGGAGCUGUUCAGAGCCGACCCGUUCGACCGAUCUGCCGGGGAGCGGUACCGCCGCGAGUGUCUGGCCCACGGCGGCGGUGUGCCCGCUCACCAGAUCGUCUCGGGCCUGCUGCGGAGGGACGUGUCGCCGGCGGAGCUGGCCUCGUCCAUCGUCACGGACGUCAUCGGCCAGCGGGCCGCCGGCUGACGGGCUGCCACCCGAGGUCUGACGGCAGUGCAGCCGCCGCUGAGGUGCCGUCACCCGAGGUCUGGCGGCAGUGCAGCCGCCGGCUGACGGGCUGCCACCCGAGGUCUGGGGGCAGUAGCCGCCGCUGAGGUGCCGUCACCCGAGGUCUGACGGCAGUGCGGGCGCCGCUGAGGUGCCGUCACCACUGCUGGCCGACUGGGAGGUGGGUUAGCAGUACGAUGGUCGAAGGCGCUGAACACGACCUGAGGGGCGUGAAGGAAGGCGCUGUCGGUCAGGAUAGAUGGCUGUGACGUCACAGGGCGGGACGACGUGGAACUGCGCGCCGUCUAAUGGUGAUAAUAUGACGUCAUAGUGACGCCAUGAUGCGGCAGUACAGAAUCGAUCCGUCUCGCCAUCGUAAGAGCUCUUACUGCUCAAUGUUUGUUGUGUAGUAUAUCGUGUCACCUUCACCCAAUCAUACACCUCGAUAUCAUGAAGGGUCGUGACGUGUUUCUAGACGGCCAUCAAAAUGCUCAGGUAUUAGACAAAAUAUGUAUGCUACUGAUAAACCAGUCUUCCUAAAGCUUCUGUAAUAACAUAGGGCAUUCGACAGGUUUUUUAUCUCUGUAAUCUUAUUUUGUAAUCCGGUCAUUUUGUUGGUGAUUUGUUCCAUAUUCAACGUUUUGGAAGUCACACAUGUGCGGCAUUUCUUGAGAGGUCAAUUUUGAUUUCUCGUGGUACCCCUGGCGCCAUACCUCCACCACGGAGUGACACAAGUCCUACCUCUGUGAGCGCGGCAUUAUCUGACUGCCCCCGCCCCUCAUUAGCGCUGCUCUCAUUAAUGGCCCGCUGGACGCCAUGGCUCUGCUCACCGCGCUGGCGCAGCGUGUGCCAACGCAGUCAUACAUCGAGGUGCAACAUUCAGAAUCGGUGCAAUAUGGGCCGGUAUGUAGUCACUCGUGCCAACCACCGCGGGGCUAGCUUUGCCAGGUGAUAGGUCGAUCCUGUCGCUACAUUUUGUGAGCUUCGUAACUGAUAAAUGUCAUCAGUGUUUUACAAGACAAUAAAUGACGCUUCCGUC